UACUAAUUCUAACAGAGAAUCCAAAAAAAUAUCGAAAGACUUCUGCUGUUGCAAGGGAAACGGAGAGACAGGAUGGAUGGAGAGCGGCAAACCAAGAGAUUUUACUCCGAUUCGUUCACAGGUACCGUCGCCGUUUCUAAUAACGUCGGCGGUAAUCGAAAAGCUGACGUAUCAGGCUGGUGGGAAGGGCUGAGCCCGGAGUUGCUGGCCUUGAUAUUUGUUCGGAUCCCGGCAGACCAAUUAGUUCGAGCGAUUCCUCUCGUCUGUAAAUCCUGGCGGGAAGUCGUUGCCGGACCCUACUGCUGGACUGACAUUGACGUCGAGCAAUGGUGCCGCCGAUGUAACCGCUCCGAUCUCAUCGAUUCUGCUGUUCGCAGGCUUGUCCGUCGCAGCAAGGGGACCCUUCGUCGACUCUCCGCUUACAAGCUUGGCAACUCCGGAUUCUCCUUUGUAGCCAACUGUGGCAGAUGCCUUAAGGUGCUUAAGAUUCCCAUGAGCGAUGUGACAGACAAAAUGGUGGAGAAGCACGCGGAAUCUCUGGCAAUGGUGACGGUCUUGGACAUUAGUUACUGUUUGAAAAUCAGUUCCAAAGGGCUUGAAGCUCUGGGGAAGCAUUGCAAGGCCUUGACUCAUUUGAAGCGGAAUAUGCCCCCGCCGGAGUGGGAGCAGCUAGCCGUAGAGGUAGAUGCUGCCAAGAUGGACGAUGGGGAGGCGAUGAUCAUAGCUGAUACAAUGCCGAAACUUCGCCAUCUUGAACUUGGGUUUGGACGUUUCAGUGAUCGUGGUCUCGAUGCCAUCUUUACCAAGUGUAGGGCCCUUACUCACCUUGAUAUUCAAGGGUGUUGGAGUGUGAAGUUAGAGGGAGAUCUUGAGGAUAAGUGUAACCAGCUUGUGGUCUUUAAGGGCCCUUGGGAUGAUGAUUAUGAUGAUGCGCGUUCUUCAGAAAAUGAGGGUGAUUGUGUGGAUGAAGUUGCAGAAUCCUCUUCCUCAGACUCUGACUAGCUAGCAACUUGAUUUUAGCCUAGCUUAGCAUAUCAUACAUUCACUUUUUUUUGGUGGAAUUUUGGGUAAUUGUCGAUACAUCUCUGAUCUGAUUGGUGUAGGUUUCUGAAGUGUUUUGUUCCUCUCCUAGUAGGAUACAUGAAGGGAACUUCAUACUUGUUAAUAUGGGAGAAUUAAACGGUUCUGUACAUUCCCUUUCAUACUGCUGUUGACAUUGGGAAAUCACUGAACUUAAAUUCAUUUGUUGAAAAAUGAUGCUGUUGUGGUUCUUUAUCCUCUAAAUUA